CUGAGUCGCUUGCUUGGCGCCUUCCGCAGUGGCGCGUCGGGUACUCGAGGUAGUGUGGCGCAAUUGGUUUUUUUGAAACCCAAGUUCCUCCCUGUAGGACCUGGACUAGCUGGGCAGAACCUAGGAAGGAGCCUUCUGCUCUGACCCGGGCCAAAAGAUCACAGCCAGGGCCAAACGAAGAGGAGCUUCCAGGUCUGUUCUACAGAUGCAUUUUAAAAUUGAAUCCACUUGGGAUGGUUUUCCAGUGAGGCAUGAGCCAGUAUGUGUCAGGCUGAGUCCAGGUGACAAGGGAGUGAAGAUGGAGGUUACUGCUCCAUUUUUCAACGAUCCUUCAGCCCCUCUUGGAGAACCAGGAAAGCCUUUCAGUGAACUGUGGAAUUAUGAAGUUGUAGAAGCAUUUUUCUUGAAUGAUAAAACUGAGCAGUAUUUAGAAGUUGAACUUUGUCCCCAUGGACAGCAUUUAGUUCUUUUACUCUCUGGAAGAAGAAAUGUUUGGAAAAAAGAGCUUGCGUUAUCAUUCAAAGUGGCCAGAGGAGAGACUAACUGGGAAGGCACAGCUUAUCUUCCUUGGAGUUACUUCCCACCAAAUGUGACACAAUUUAACUCCUUUGCAAUUCAUGGAUCAAAUGAUAGAAGAGAGUAUGAAUCCCUUUAUCCUGUGCCACAGCAUGAACUGCAGCAAGGACAAAAACCUGAUUUCCAUCGUCUAGAAUAUUUCAAGCCUUUCAGUUUCAACACACUUCUUGGAGAAGAAUGGAAGCAGCCAGAAUCAGACCUGUGGCUGCUAGCGAGACCUGAUAUAUAGGAGUAUUGUAGAUAACCAACCAUGUCAAUCAUUCCUCCUUUGUACCUUUUAAGGUAAUCUAAUAAGAUACAUUAAAUGCAUUUCAACAAAAACACAUUUUAACAGAGGUCAACGAAAUGUAGUAUCUCUGGCAAAUUAUAUUUGGUGAACAAAGAAAUAGAAACACUGUGUAACAUGAAAUAAUUUUUAUUUAAAUAUCCUCUCUGUUCUUGAAGUUAGUAUAAAACAAUGAUCUACUUUAGUUGAUGAGACUAUCUAAUCUGCUAAGGCAUCAAUGUAGAAGAGUUAUUUAACUAGAAACUUCUACUGUGUAGGAAGAAAUGAAAUAGUUUUGAAUUAAGGAAAUGAGGUUGCUACUUUUACUUAUUGAUAAGUAAUAUUUUUUAAUGCUGUUAAGCAAGGUGUCAGAAACCUUCAUUUGAUUUUUGAAGUGUCAAACAUUUCUGAUUGAAGGUAGACCCUAAUAUAGUAAUUCAGUACCUCUCUCUUACAUAAGUGGGUCAUGCAGGCAAAAAUUUCAAAAAGAGGAGCCGCAGAGUGAAACUGCACCACAGAUCAAAUAGACACAGCUGCAGAGUAUUCCACCAACAGCUGCAGAAUGAACUUGAUUUUCAUAGGCGCAUCAAACAUGUUCCAGAAUAAGACCAGUAACACAUUUGUUGCAAUGCAGAUAGCUUUAGCUGCUUGGAUUUAUUUAUACCGGAAGACUUUUAGAUCUGAUAAACAAAUUCAGCCAAGUGACACAAUACAUUCAGAAUACAUACAAAAAUAAUAGAUUUUCUACACAUCAAUAACCAAGCUGUUGAGAAAUCAGGAAAGCAGUUUCACUCACAUCAAAAAGAAUAUUUAGGAAUAAGCCUUGUGGGUUAGUUACUUUUUUCACUGUAGUUAAAAAAUAAUUGGCAAAAGCAACUUGGUAAAUGAAGGUUUUUAUAUUGGUUCACAGUGUGAGUCCAUCAUAAUGGGGAAAGCAUGGCAACAGGAAUUUGAGGUGGCUGGUCACAUUGUGUCUACAGUCAAAAAACAGAUGAGUGGUGGUGUUGAGCUCACUUUCUGAUUUUCAUUCAGCCCUGGACCCUGUCCCAUGAAAUGAUGCAGACCUCAUUCUGAGUAUGUUUUCCAUUCUCAAAUCUUUUUGGAAACACCUGGAGUGCAGCUUCUAGGUGAUUCUAACUGCAGUUAAGCUGACAUUGAAGAUUAGUCUUCAUAUCUUGCUGAGGUGAUGAAAGGCUUUUACAAUGAAAGUUAUAGAACAUUGGAGAAAAAUUGAAGAAGACAAUAGAAGAUGAUAAGACAUUCCAUGUUCUUGGGUCAGUAGAUUUAGUACUGGGAAAAUAGCCAUAUGAAAAUGAACUAUCUAGAAGUUUAUAUGAUCACCUUCAAAAUUUGAAUGACAUUCUUCAAAUAGCUAGAACAAUAUCCUGAAAUACGUAUGGAAGCACAAAAGACCUAUAAUAGGUAAAGAUGUCCUGAGUACAAAAAAAAAGUAUCCCAAUAUCUUAUUUCAAGUUAUACUACAGAGCUGUAGUAAUAAAUGAGACCAGUACAAAAGCAAGCAGUAGACCAAUGGACUAGGACAGAAGAUCAAAAAAUUAACCCACACAGGCAUAGAUACCUAAGUUUUGACAAGGAAACAAACAAACAAAAAAAAAGAAAACAUGAGAAAAAGUUUCCUCAACAAGUGAUGCUGGGAAAAUAGUGUAUUCACAUGGAAGACUAGAGCUAGAUCCCCAUUUCCCAUCCUAUGAAUACACGAGCCCUAAUACUUAAUGUAAGAACUGAAACAUUGAAGCCAGUAGAAGAAAACAUAAGGAAAGUACUUGAAGAUGUCAGUACAGGCAGUGACUCCAGUAAUUUAACUCCAUUGCCUCUGAAAAUAAAAGACUCAACAAAUUGGAUGUCAUCAGAUUAAAAAGUGGCACAAGAGCCAGGUGUGGUGUCACAUACCUCUAAUCCCAGCACUGAAGGAGGCAAAGGCAGGCAGAUCUCUGAGUUCAAGGCCAGCCUGGUCUAUAAAGUUAGUCCAGGACAGCCAGGGCUACACAGAGAAACCUUGUCUUGGAAGAAAAAAAAAAAAAAAAAAAAAAAGAACCAAGCCUCACAGGAAAGGUGAUAAUUAAUGAAGUGAAGAUACAGCCUGUAGUAGGGGAGAAAGAUCUUUGCAUCAGAAGCUUAAUAUCCAGCAUAUACAAAGAACUCACAAUAACUUAACACCAAAGCAAGAUGGGAAAAUGUAAUCAAUAAGUGAGCAGAUCAUCUAUAUAGUUCUCAAAAGAACUUGUACAAACAGCAAACACCUCAGUGUCUUUAGGUAUUAGAAUGCAGGUUAAAACUUCAUUGAGAUUUCAUUUUAACCCAGUAAAAAUGGCUAUCCUCAAAAAAGCAACAAAUGUUGGUAAGAGAAAAGAGGAGAAAAGUUUGUAUCUGCUUUUCAUGGGGAUUUAUAUUAUUGUCAACUGUGGAAAUCAGUAUGGAGAUAUACUGAAAUUAGAUCUACCAUAUCAUCCAGCUCUACCACUUCUGAGUAUAUCCCCAAGGGAAUCUGAAUCAGCAUAAUACAGAGACACCUGCAUAGCUGUGUUCAUCACAGUAUUCAAGUGAUGACAUCAGUCAGGCUAGGUGUCUGUCUACUGAGAAGUGGAUACAGAAAACACACCGUAUAUAGAGCCAUUCGAAGAACAAACUUCUACUGUGGCCUGGUAAGGCUGCUCCCCCCUCAGGGGGAGGUGAUCAAUGAGCAGGCCAAUCAGAUUAUGUCAGAGGCAGUCCCUCUUCCCAUUACUAUGUAACCCACUUGGACACUGAACUGCCAUGGGCUACAUCUGUGCAGGGAGGGGUUCUAGGUUAUCUCCACGAAUAGUCCUUGGUUGGAGUAUGAGUCUCUGGGAAGUUCCCUGUGUUCAAAUUAUCUUGUUCUGGUGCUCUCCUUGUGGAGUUCUCGUCCCCUCCACCUCUUACUAUUUCCCACUUCUUACAUAAAAUUCCAUUCACUCUGCCCAACAGUUGGCCAUCAGGCUCAGCAUCUGCUUUGACAGUCUAUACUGCAGAGGCUUUCAGAGGCCCUCUGUGGCAGGUUCCAAAGUUGUUUCCUGUUUUCUUCUGGCUUUCAGAGGCCCUCUGUAGCAGGUUCCGAGGUUGUUUCCAGGCCAUAGUAGAGGACAAUGCAGCCACUUUUGAUGAGAACUGAUAGACUAAGAUCAGAAAGGAGAGGAGAACCUCCCCUAUCAGUGGACUUAGGGAGUGGCAUGCAUGCAGAAAGGGGAGGGAGGGUGGGAUCAGGAGGGGAGGAGGGAGAGGCUUAUGGGGGGAUACAAAAUGAAUAAAGUGUAAUUAAUAAAAAAAAAAAAGAACAAACUUAUGUCAUUAUAAUGAAAAUGGAUGGGACUAGAGAUUGUACUAGUAAGCCAGUUUCUGAAACAUGUUUUUUUUUUUUAUUUAAUUUAUGAAAGUUAAAGAAAAUAAAACACCUGAGUAUAGAUCAGGAGACUAUUAGAGAAGUGGAAGAUUUGAGGAAAAGGGAGGUUUUUGGGGUGGGGGGAGAUAGAGUGAGGAAUAAAAAUGUUUACAGAUGUAUACAUGUAUGAAUAUGCCAAAGUAAAAUGCACUAUUCUGUGUAAUUAGUAUAUACAAAUUAAAAGUUUGUGGUCUAGAAUUCUCAAAUUUUGUGUUGUGCUUCAGUGCUUUCCUUCUAGUAGAUCUGUGAACUUCUGCAUUAUACUUAAUCCUCAGCAUCAUUAGCGCAGAGACCAUUAGACUCUCAGAAUGUAGUUUUUUCCUGCUUUCUCAACAUUAGUUUCCCCAUGUAUUCUGCUCUUAAAAAAAAAAAAAAGAUUUAUUUGUAUGUGUGUGUUAUUCUUUACAUGCAUACAGAAGACCAGAAAGCCAGAAGAGGCUUACGUAACAUUUCCCAGAGCUGGAGAUAUAGGAAGUUUUGAGCUACCUGAUGAUGUGAGUUUUGAGAACUGAACUUGGGACUUCUUCAAGAACAUCAAGUGCUCUUCCAUCUGUCCAGUCCUUCCCCUCUUCUUUAAUAACAUAAGAAUUUUUAGAGGGUCCUCUUAGGAAUUAUAUUUCUAUACACACACACAUACACACACACACACACAACCAACCCAGUAUUUCUUCAGCGUCUUUUGGAAAUAAAAAUGACCAUGGGAUGAUGGAAUGGUUUGUGUCAAUGAGAUGUAAAUAGUCAAAACAACAUUUUGAUCAGUAGCAGACUGCUUGUGCUGCUACCAUAAAGUUUUAAUGAGCUGAAAUGUGAUAUUUUCUAGUGAUAGGAUAGCCAUUAUACUAUUAUGGGACAGUUUGCUAUACAUCUGUUGUGAUGUUUUUAUAAAGAAACAUACUGUACUGCCAGUUGUAUAAAAGUGUAACAGUAUGGUUGUAUAUAGAGCAAAAUGCUUGACAAUGAUGAUAAAUGACUGACUUUUUUGUGUAUUUAGUACACUGUAC